AGAACAACAUCCACGUCCAUGACCUCCUGACCUUCCAGCAGAUCACCGUGCUGUCCAAAGCCAAAGGAGCCACGCUCUUCGCCUGUGACCUGCAGCUAACCAGCACAGGAGAGGAAAGGUUGAGAAUGUGUGUCGCAGUGAAAAAGAAACUCCAGCUGUAUUACUGGAAGGAUAGAGAGUUUCACGAGCUGCAGGGGGACUUUGGUGCUCCAGAUAUUCCAAAGUCCAUGGCUUGGUGUGAAAACUCCAUAUGUGUUGGUUUCAAACGAGACUAUUACCUCAUUCGGAUGGAUGGUCGUGGCUCCAUCAAGGAGCUCUUCCCCACUGGGAAACAGUUGGAGCCUCUGGUUGCCCCACUGGCUGAUGGAAAGGUUGCUGUUGGUCAGGAUGACCUCACCGUAGUGCUAAAUGAAGAGGGCGUUUGCACCCAGAAGUGUGCCCUGAACUGGACCGACAUCCCUAUAGCAAUGGAGCACCAGCCUCCGUACAUCAUCGCUGUUCUCCCUCGGUACGUGGAGAUCCGGACCUUUGAGCCAAGGCUGCUGGUGCAGAGUGUGGAGCUGCAGAGGCCUCGCUUCAUUACUUCAGCAGGGCCAAAUAUUGUGUAUGUUGCCAGCAACCACUUUGUGUGGCGUCUGGUGCCCGUAUCAAUAGCCAGCCAAAUCCGGCAGCUUCUUCAGGACAAGCAGUUUGAGCUGGCUCUUCAGCUGGCGAAGAUGAAGGAUGAUUCAGACGGUGAUAAGAAGCAGCAGAUACAUCACAUCCAGAAUCUCUAUGCCUUCAAUCUGUUCUGCCAGAAGAGAUUCGAUGACUCCAUGCAGGUGUUUGCCAAACUCGGCACAGAUCCCACUCAUGUGAUUGGGCUGUACCCCGACCUGCUCCCGUCAGACUACCGCAAACAGCUGCACUAUCCCAACCCUCUGCCUACUCUGUCCGGGGCAGAGCUGGAGAAGGCUCAUCUCGCUCUCAUCGAUUACCUCACCCAGAAACGCAGCCACCUUGUGAAGCAGCUGAAUGACUCUGACCCUUCUACGACGUCUCCACUCAUGGAGGGGACGCCUACUAUUAAAAGCCGCAAAAAACUCCUGCAGAUCAUUGACACCACCCUGCUGAAAUGUUACCUGCACACCAACGUGGCACUGGUGUCCCCCCUCCUUCGCCUGGAAAACAACCACUGCCACAUCGAGGAGAGCGAGUACGUCCUGAAGAAGGCCCAUAAGUACAGCGAGCUCAUUAUUCUGUAUGAGAAGAAGGGCCUGCACCAGAAAGCUCUGCAGGUGCUGCUGGACCAGUCCACCAAGGCCAACUCUCCACUGAAGGGCCACGAGCGAACAGUGCAGUACCUCCAAAGGCUGGGAGUGGAGAAUCUGGGAAUCAUCUUUGAGUUUUCUCCCUGGGUGUUGAAGAUCUGUCCUGAGGAUGGUCUGAAGAUCUUCACCGAGGACCUGACCGAGGUGGAGACUUUGCCCAGAGACAAGGUGCUGAACUUCCUGAAGGAGGGCUUUAAGGAGCUCGCCAUCCCAUAUUUGGAGCACAUCAUUUACGUGUGGGACGAUAAGGGCCCGGAGUUUCACAAUGUGCUGAUCCAGCUCUACCUGGAGAGGGUUCAAAGCCUCAUGAAACAGUACCUCAACUCACUGCCAGAAGGAGUUCCUGCUGUUGCUGCGGGGAAGGAGAAAGGUGAGCUGGGCGAGUACAGAAACAAGCUGCUGUCCUUCCUGGAUAUUUCUACCAGCUACGAACCAGCCAGACUCAUCAGUGACUUUCCCUUUGAUGGCCUGUUGGAGGAACGGGCUCUGCUUCUGGGUCGAAUGGGUAAACACGAGCAGGCACUUUUCAUCUAUGUGCACAUCCUGAAGGACACUCGCAUGGCUGAAGAAUACUGUCACGGCCAUUACAACAGUUCAGUGGAAGGGAAUAAAGAUGUUUAUCUGUCUCUGCUGCGAAUGUACCUGUCACCGCCUGAUGUCCAUUGCCUGGGGCCCAUCACGAUGGAGCUGUCAGAGCCUCAGGCCAACCUCCAGGCGGCCCUGCACGUCCUGGAGCUGCACCACAGCAAGCUCAACACCACCAAGGCCAUCAAUCUGCUCCCAGCAAACACCCAGAUCCGAGAGAUCCGGGUCUUCCUGGAGAGCGUCCUGGAGGAGAAGGCACAGAGGAAACGCUGCAACCAGGUGCUGAAGAGUCUGCUGCAGGCAGAGUUCCUCAGGGUGCAGGAGGAGCGAAUCUUCCACCAGCAGGUUAAAUGUGUGAUUACAGAGGAGAAGACCUGCAGGGUGUGCAAAAAGAAAAUCGGGAACAGUGCGUUUGCCAGGUAUCCCAACGGCGUGGUGGUGCAUUACUUCUGCUGCAAAGACCGCAACAUGUGUCCCACCGAGCAGUAACGGCGCCACCUGACCAUGACUGUUUACUAAUAAAUAACCCCCCCCCCCAUCCCUCUCAAUGCUCGGACAUCUUUGAACUGGAAAUGCAUCUGAAUGUUGGAAGUGCACGAGUUAAUGGCCAGGCUGUGUGAAUCGGACGCUUGUAUCCAAAGCACCUCGCAGAGCUUCGAGUGCAGACGUUUUUUUAAAACCUGAGUUAACCUUGGGCGCAGUUGUUGUCAUGCUCUAACAGCUGAGCGGAACAGGACUGCGACUCUCCUUCUCUCUGUGCAUGAAGUAACAGGAGGAAUGUCUGGGGUCGCUCAACAGGAGGGGAGAAAUAAAGAGAAAGAGGGAGGUAGACUCUGACAUUUGAAAAGCAUGUGUCACUGUAACGCUAGAAGGGAUUCACUGCCCUACACGUCGCCUCGGAAGAAAAUGGGCUCUAUUGACAGCCGCCCAGAGGAAAAAGAGCUGUAACAACAGAAGUUAGUGCUCGUUCUCACCAGGAGAUGAUUACAAGCCUUGGUCGGCAGUUUUAUUUUUUAUUUUCUGUCUCUCUCUUCCUGCCUCUCUCCGUCUCCCAUCCCCUCCUGUAACACUGUGUAGGCCUCAAUCACUGCUUGAUAUGCCAUACACACUCUGCAGGAGUACUGUUAAAUGCCUUUUGUGACUCUGAAGAUUGUACUUACAGUUUCUGUUAGCAUGGACUGGUACUAAACAAAACAGCAUUCGUCUUACAGUGUGUUUUUGUGUUUUAUUUAAACAUUUGAGGCGGCUUCUGCAGCUAGUAUUAUUAUCACUAUUAUUAGUGUCUUUACAGUGUGUGAAUUAUUGCUACCAGACAGCAUCCUCUCUUUAAAGGUUCCAGUGUGUAACAUUUAGGCAGAAAUGGGGGUAUGAAAUGAAUAAGUAUGUUUCGAUUAGUGUCGGUUCUACAGUAGCCCAGAAUAGACAAACCAAACACUGGCUCUACAUAGCAACUUUCAGCCACCAUAGUACUUAAAAGGGGAGGGUGAAGUGAGAAGGUUGCAACUACAUUGCUAGAGGCCACUAAAUCUUACUCACUGGACCUUUUUAAUGCAUUGUUUUAAGUUCUCAUCCAAUUUUCUUUGUAAUCUCCUUUGCAAGACACUCAAAGUUUAUGAAGUAGAACUCAUUUAAAGUGAGACUGUGUAACUUUCAAACAGCAGUAAAAGUGGCCACAAGUGGCAGUGACAGUAUAAUCACACAGAGGGGGAAACCCUGAUCAGUAGAUUAAUCUGCUGUUAACUAUUUUUGAUAAUUUAUUGAUGAAUUCACUGAUUCAGGCUUCUUAAAUGUGAGGAUUUAUUGCUUUUUCUUUGUCAUUUUGGCUUUUGUUCACUAUUGUUUUAAACAUUUUAUAGACGAAAUGAUUAAUUUGAGAAAAUAAACAGCAGAUUAAUUUAUAUUGAAAAUAAUUGUUAGUUGCAGCCGUACAUCUACUGUAACAAAGAGUCAUAAAUAUAUCUAACUAACAUUAACAACCAUGAGCUACGGGACAAACCAGUCCAAGCAAGGCUGCAGCAGUAAAUCUCCUGUGUGGGUUGAAUUGAGCAUUUUAUUGCUUUUGAAUUCAACUUUUUAUUUGCAAGAGGAAGAUUGUGUUGUUUCUUCUUGGAAAAGUUAUAUAGUCUCACUUUUUUAAGACAGGUCACAGUAGUACGGCACUUUAAAAGUGGAUGUCCUGUUUAUUUAUUGUCAAAUCGCACAUCCGCGUGAUAAGAACUGGAACUAACGCAAAAUGACUUGGAACCUACGAUCGAUGUGUGCAUUUUAAUAGCAAUAUUGUUAUAAAAUGUGUCUGUUCACCACACGCCUGGGGAGAUAGUUCAAGAAGCAGGACUCCACAGUUUAUUGGAAAUAAAUAAUACAAUGAAUGUAUGUUUGAGUCGGGAUGCAGUGUUGUUGUUGCUCAGUGACACUCGGAACAGUUGACUUACACGACUCAAAGUUGUGUUUUUAACCACUAAAUCUAAAGGUUUGAAUAGUUUGGAGAAAUCCUGCAACAUUAAGUUAACUUUAACACACGUUGUAGCAUCAUCUGUAUCUCCUCCUCUUCCUCUUCACCUAUAAAGAUUUGCACACAUUCUCUGCUAAGACUGUUUCUGAACUUAUAGUGUUUUUUUAAGUGGGAACAUUUGUACCACUGUGUGUAUACUGUAUAAAGAUUGAGAGCAUUAAUGACACAUUUCUCGCUGAAGUUAUUUGAAUCUGAGGGGCGACGCAUCUGUUUGUCUGUCUGGCUUUAAUCAGUAAUAAAUAAACAUUUCCACUCAUG